CACGUCAACAUCUCACAUGAUUUAGAUGAGCUCCAUUUUGAUCAUCAUCUCGAAAAUAUUUUGUGAAGCUGGAUGACAUUGGCUGGUAGUUGACAAACAACAGAUAGCCAAUGGCGUUAAAGAAAGUGAAAGGAACCCUUGAAAGGGUGUUAGACAAGAAUUUGCAGGAUUUAGUUCGAGGAAUCCGCAAUCAUAAAGAAAAUGAGGCCAAGUACAUAGCCGAGUGCAUUGAUGAAAUCAAACAGGAAUUGAAACAAGAAAAUAUUGCAGUCAAGGCAAAUGCUGUCAGCAAGCUAUCAUAUCUACAAAUGAUUGGUUAUGACAUAAGCUGGGGAGCAUUUAACAUCAUAGAAGUGAUGAGUUCCAGCAAAUUUACUUUCAAGAGAAUUGGUUACUUAUCAGCAUCACAAAGUUUUCAUGAUGGUACAGAUGUUCUUAUGCUUACAACAAAUAUGAUUAGGAAGGACCUUAAUAGUCAGAAUAUGUAUGAUGCAGGAGUAGCCCUUUCUGGUCUGUCAUGUUUUGUCACACAGGACCUAGCCAGGGAUCUUGCAAAUGAUAUCAUGACAUUGAUGACAUCGACUAGACCUUACUUGAGGAAGAAGUCAGUAUUAAUCAUGUAUAAAGUGUUCCUACAGUUUCCAGAAGCACUCAGACCAGCUUUUCCAAGACUGAAAGAAAAGUUGGAGGAUCCUGAUCCAGGUGUUCAGUCAGCAGCUGUUAAUGUAAUCUGUGAACUUGCAAGAAAGAAUCCUAAAAAUUACCUGUCAUUAGCACCACUGUUCUUCAAACUAAUGACAAGCUCCACAAACAACUGGGUUCUUAUCAAAAUCAUUAAACUGUUUAGUGCAUUAACACCAUUGGAACCUAGACUGGGUAAAAAACUGAUUGAACCAUUAACCAACCUUAUACACAGUACUUCAGCCAUGUCUCUUCUAUAUGAGUGUAUCAACACAGUGAUAGCAGUACUCAUUUCUAUAUCUUCAGGCAUCCCAAACCACACUGCCUCCAUACAGCUGUGUGUACAGAAACUAAGGAUAUUGAUUGAAGAUUCUGAUCAGAAUUUAAAAUAUUUGGGUCUUCUGGCUAUGUCCAGGAUAUUACAAUCACAUCCAAAAAGUGUACAGUGUCAUAAAGAUCUAAUCUUACAGUGUUUAGAUGACAAAGAUGAAUCAAUAAGAUUAAGAGCUCUAGAUUUGUUAUAUGGAAUGGUUUCAAAGAAAAAUUUAAUGGAAAUUGUAAAGAAACUGAUGGUACAUAUGGAUAAAGCUGAAGGGACACAUUACAGAGAUGAAUUACUUGCUAAAAUUAUAGAAAUAUGUAGUCAGUCUAAUUACCAAUAUGUCACCAACUUUGAAUGGUAUGUAAGUGUUUUGGUGGAGUUAACUAGGAUGGAAGGAACUCGUCAUGGUCGACUGAUUGCCUCACAGAUGCAGGAUGUUGCUAUUCGUGUCCAAGCUAUAAGAUCAUUUGCUGUCAGUCAAAUGGCAGUGCUGUUAGAAAAUUCUCAUGUAUUAUCAGCUAACUCCCAAAGAAAUGGAAUAUGUGAAGUUCUAUAUGCUGCUGCAUGGAUCUGUGGAGAAUUUGCUGAAUAUUUAAAGAAUCCCAAAGAAACAUUAGAAUUUAUGCUGCGACCAAAGAUUACCUCCCUUCCUGGUCAUAUACAAAGUGUUUAUGUACAAAACAUCCCUAAGUUGUACGCUAGAAUAGUGAAGGAAGCUGAGGAUGAGGAUGAUAACGACACUGUGAAGGAAGCCACACAAAUGAUGUUAGAGAAAUUACCUAUGUUUGUACAAAGUUCAGAUUUAGAGGUUCAAGAAAGGGCUUGUUGUAUACUACAGUUAGUAAAAUAUGUAGUCAAAUUAAUGGACAAAGAGACCAAAGUAGGAGAAGAAGUUGUUGCCUUAUUUUCUGGAGCAUUAAAUCCAGUAGCAGAAAGGGCACAAAAGAAAGUGCCAGUACCAGAAGGGUUAGAUUUAGAUAAAUGGAUCAACCGUCCUCCCGCAGAAAGUUCAGAUGAGGAACCAGUUAGAGCAUCAAUAUUUACCUUCAACCAUGAGGACCACAGAAGUGAAUACAGUUAUCAUAAUGAUAAGAAGGCAUAUGUAGAACCAACAGACGAAGAAUUAGAAGUGCGACGGGAACAAAGAAAAGUUGAACAGAUGCAUAAUCCACAUUACUUAAAAGUAGACAGUAAACCAAAGAGGUCGGAUAGUGGUAAUUCAGAAGACAUUCCAUUAUCACAGAUAGAUUUAUCUGUGCCAUUACAUGUACCAGGUCUUUCAUCAUCAGAUAAAUAUCUACAACUCAACAGCUCGUCUAAACCCUCAAAAAAAGAUAAAAAGUCAAGACGUAAGAAGAAGAAGCAUGUACAAGAUGAUUCUGAUGAAGACAUACAACCUGCUCAUGAAGUCAGUACUGUCGUUGAUAUGCCAGAGGGCACAGUAGAUUCUGACAAAGAUGAUGACAGACCAAAUGAUCAAUUUAAAAAGUUAGACAUGGAUUUGGACAUGCCAUUAAGAGAUGAUGAGAUAAUACCAGUACCAACACAUAGGGUGGUACUCGAUAACCAGGGUGAUCACUUGGAUGAAGAGAAACCAAAGAAAAAACACAGGAAGGAUAGAGAGGAAAGAAGAAAACAUAGAAAAGAAGGCAAAGAAAAGUCAUCAAAGAAGAAAGAGAAGAAAAAGAAAGAAGAAUCAAGUCUUCUUAUUGCCGAAGAAAAUGAGAACACUCCAGAAAUGGAGGUUGUAGCAAAUGGCCCUAGUAACCAGGCAACUGCAGAAUCACCAGAACCUCAGAAAGAAAAAUCUGAUAAGACUGAUGAUCUUGAUUUCUGGUUGUCUAAAAAUGAUACUCCAAGUUCUUCCAAAUCAGAGAAAACAAUGGAGAAUGAUGUUAGACCUACGCCUGUCAUUACUGUCGCUAGUGAUGACGAACAGGAAACUAAAAAGCCAAAAAAGAAGAAAGAAAAGAAUGUUAAAAAGGGAAAAAAAGAAAAACGAGAUAAGAAGAAAUUGUUGAGGGCUGAUUAUGAAGUAGCCGAGGGUAUAACUACUCCAUCAAAAGAACAAGUUUCUCCAUCACAAAUGGAUACUCCUAUCAAUGUGCAAUUUCCUCCAAUGUCAACAUAUCAGACACUUGGAGAAAACAAGUCGUUAAAACUUACAUAUGAAAUCCGAGGGAGUCAUCAGCGUCAUGACCAAGUGGUAGUCUCUGUUGUGUUCACAAAUCUGACGUCCAAUCAGAUUAAAGAUUUGGAAUUAAAUGUAUUAGAUAGUCUUAACGCUAAAUUAAUAAGAGGGAUUGGAUGUUCUCAUCGAGAUCCUGUAAAGGUCCCGUUUGUUUUACUGCCUAAUUCCCAGAAUGAGGGUCAGUUUGCCUUCUCUGUUGAUAGUAUUAAUAUACCUCAAAAACUCAAAGGCACAUUAACUUACAUGGAAAAGACUGAUGAUGGAUCCACACAUGAAAAAUUAGAUUUUAAAAUUAACUUUAGAUGCAGUGAUUUUCUUAUGAGUGCUCCAUGCAAAAGUUCCGAGUUUGCAUCAUUAUUGGGAAGUGGUGACUUGAACGAAAAAUCAUCAAUAAGUUUUACCCCAUCCGAUCAAGAGUUUCCUUUAAUUCUAGCCAAAAUAUGUUUUCAUCUUCAUUUUAGAGUUGUGGAACAAGUGUCAGACAGUGCUUCAUUGUACAGUAAAUCAAUACGUGAUCAUCCUGUUUGUUUAUUAGUUAAAAUGGUAAAAAAUGACAUUAAAGUUGAUGGUAAAGGAACAGAUUCUGAUUUAGUAUCGAAUAUAUUACAAGACAUAAAGUCCGUUCUACUGUAGCCUUCGUAUAUCUCCUAAUUCUUGAAUUUUGUUUAUAAUUGACUUUAAUCAGUUAACGCUUUGUGAAAGGAAACAAAGUUUUCAGAAAACAUGACAUUAUUAUUACUGUUAAUUGAUUCAUAGCAUUUGGCUAUUCCAGUAAAGUUCGCUUUGCUUGCUUAAUUGAUGACUCUUCAAGCACACAGGUCGCACACAGGUCACCCACAGUGACGUCACAGAUUAAGUAUCUUCCACCUAAAAACUAGGUCUAAACUAAAAGGAAAUCUUGAAUUUUCAAGUAUAUGUAGCAUGUUUCUUCAAAAAACUAAAUCAUCUUCCAUUAGGACUCCAGGACAAAAGGUACAUAUGUUUUUGGAUGUGUAUUGAAAGAAAUUGUUAUUGUUUAAUUGUUUCAAAUUUUUUUGAAUUAUGUCUAUUAGUGGUUAUUUUCUUUUCAAUGUGCAUUUCUUGAUUAAAAUGUGUAUUUAAAUGAAAAUAUUGUAUUAUAUAAGUUAAAGAUGGAAGCUGUUAUUUUUUUCUAUUAUAAAUACAGUUUUCUAUAUUUGACUCUCCAUAGAAUUUAAAUGAAACAUUAUAAACAUGAAUGUUUAUUUGCAGAAGUUAAUUUAAAUGUUAUUUUUUUUUACAAAAAGGCUAUGAAGGCUGUAGCUUAAGUUUCUCAAUUGAACAUUUGAUUUCAAUAUGAUUUAAGUUAUGUGAAGUAUUUGUCAACUUUUACUUCUACAUUUCCUUUGUUUGAAUUAAACAGGAGAUGACGAUUUGAAAAUAAAUACAUGUCAAUUGUUAUUAAAAUUUGAUAACAUACUUUUAAUAUCAUGCAAGGAUGGGCCGGGACUCAAAUUUUUUAUUCAUCAAAUUGUUGCAUCUAAAAUAAAAUUCCUUCAUAAAAUCUUUCUCUUAUUUCAAAGACCUGUCGCCUUUGAUAAUAGUUUUGUAAACAAAGUAUUCAGAAAGGAAACAUAUUUAUAACAUUAAUGUACUGUAAAAUCAGAAAUUUUGCAAUGCUUUUAUUAUUUUAUGUUACAUUUCUUUAAAUCACAAUAAUUUAUCUUGUAUUUUUUACUAUCAACAAAUACAAAAAUAAAUGCAUGCAAAAUUUCUGAAUAAACUGUUUUCUGAAAUAGAGAAAAUGUGCACCCAAAAAAUGGGGUUAAUCCACAGUUGUUAGUAAAUAGCCAAUAUUCUGUCUUCACUACAUAUUAUUUGUUUGAAAAACACAAAUCAAUGGUACAGAGACAAUUUUAUAUUAUUCUUGCACAAACCAUUCAUAAGAUAACCAAUUUUCUUGAUAUUUGAAAUCAAAAACACCUUGUGAAAUAAAAUAUAUAGAUUUAGGUUACUUCGACUCAGAUUUCUAUUAUUUUCACCUCAGCAAUUUUUAUUUCAACAGCUAUCUGUAAAUAUUGUUUUUUUCUAAAUUUACUUGAAUUAACUGCUUGCAUGGAAAUUGAUUAUAUGGUUCAUUGCAGCAUACAAUACAAGCCCCCUUUUUGCUACGACCAGCAUCAAUUAAGCCUAAAAGUUUAUCAUCAUUCAUCAUAUCGUAUAUUUUUAAGCAUCAAUUAGAGAAAAAUAUUAUACUGUUAAUCUUCUUCUAUGGUACGCCAUUCCCAACCCCAAACAAGGUUGUUUACUUUCUGUCAUUAUACUGUUAUAUCAUAAUAUUGGAAUAUUAUUCACCAACUUUCAGUUUUGAGAUUACCUUCCAUAGUAUAAUCAAUUUUAAUGAGAUUGACAUUUUGUGAAAUUCUAUGCUGUAUAUCUACAUUUACUUAAUGUUGAUGCUCUUAUUCCCACAAUUAAUUUAUAAUGAGUUAAAGAUCAUAAUUGGCUAGAAACAUUCUUGAAUGCAAGUAAAAGUUUUUUUUGUACUAUAAUUGUUUUAUUUUCAUUCUAACAUUUGUCAAAACAGAAUCUAAUGGACAUUGGAUUGAUAGAUACGCUAAAUAUGAGAGAGACAUUAUUUAUAAAAGUCAAGUAUUAAAGUUUUUACAAAUCUUGUUAUCAAACAUAGUAGUUCAAUGCAAGAACAGUUACAUGUUCACAAUUAAAAGGAAAUAACUAAGUGAAUGAGUUUAAAUGCAGCUUGAAACAAAUUCUUAACAUCAUAAUUAGGCAUUUUUGUUUUUGUUUGGUCUGAAAGUUUCUGAGCUGUUUAUAAUCUACAACAAUAUAUGAACUAAGAAGGCAUGGAUAAACAUGAAUGGCAUAAUUUUGCUUCGUAUAAAAUUGUUAUAAUCAUUAUAUGUGGAAGGCCAAUAUGUACAAUUUCUGUCACUUGCUGUCACAAAAUAAUGUUAGUUGAAUACAUAAAGUAAAAAAUGGCCAUUCUGCACAAAGCAAAUUCUUUGCACUAACAGAAUUAUUUGAAUUUCCUCAUCAUUUGUUCGAUUCUGAGACUAGUCCCUAGUACCUUUUCCAUACAUUUUCAUUCAAGUUUAUAUAUCAAUAAUUACUGUAAAUGCAGAAAUUAUUGCAUGCAUUUAUUAUUGCGAUGUGUGGAAAAUUAACAAAAUUGCGAGAUUAAUUAUUGCGAUUUCAGGAAAAGCUGCAUACAUAUAUUUGUAUCUGAUAUCAGGUUGUGUGUUCUUAUUAUUGCGAUAGACGCUAAUUCGCAUUAUUUGCAUUAAUAAAAACCUCGCAAUAAUUUCUGAAUUUACAGUACUUGUCCAGAUAUCAAAUUAUGUAGAUAGUAGGUAAUGUUAUACGAGGUCAACACUUGAAAAUAAAAAAAAGUGCUUUUUUUGUAUUUCUGAUUAAAAAAAUAGAGCACAACAGCAGUGUCUCAUGUGGCUGCUCUCGUAUGCUGGCUUUUUAUGUAAGUAUAUGAUGCAGUAUUUUGAAGAAUGACUGUCGCAACCAUUUAUUUCUUAUAUUAUUAAUUUAUUAAGUGCUACAAUUUGAAAAUGCUUUAGAAUCUUUAUUUGUUAGUACAGUUUUUUUUUUCAACUGUUUAAUAUACUAUAUGAUGUAAUGCUUUAAAAUGUUUUUAAAUCUACUAAUGUGAACUUUGAGACCACCAUAUUUUGUUUAUAAUACCUCAUGUAAAACGUAUCACAAAUGCCUUUUUUCCUUAACAUCCAAAAUAUCUGUACCCAUCUUUUCAAAAAAUUUAAAGUAUGAAUUUCAAGUUAUGAAAUGAGCUCAAAGGUCAAAAGCAAUGUAGUUGUAGAGUUUGAAUUGUGUUCUAAUCUUGUGAAUUAGGGUAUGAACCUUGUAAAUAGGAUAUAUUAGGGAAUUCCAAGAGUGGACCAAGAGUUUGCUUCAUUAUAGUAACACAUCUGUUAGACUUAUCACCAGGCACAAGCUUCUUGGGUAUCCUUCUUUUGUCAUUGAACAUUGAAUGAUUGCUUAUCCUAAAGUGAUUUUAUGCAAGAAUAUUUCAUAAAGAAAAAAAAUAUUAUCUUUUUCAUUACAUGAAUCUUUAUGAAAAAUAUCCUUUUAUAUUAAAAUUAAAAAAAAUAUUACAGACAAGGCAUUCACAAAGAACAUCUUUGGAAAGUAUUGAAUGACCAUUUAUUCUCUUUUCUGUUGCCCUACAGACAUGCAGUGGUAAUAAUCAAUUCUGACUUACUCAAUACUUAAACUGUUAACAAUCACUGAUCUUUUACAAAGCAAAACACUCAAACUGUUAACAAUCACUGAUCUUUUACAAAGCAAAACACUCAAACUGUUAACAAUCACUGAUCUUUUACAAGACCAAACACUCAAACUGCUGAGUUGUAGUAUUAAUGGAGGGAAGUAGAGAUAAUUUGGAUAUUUGUUGAAAUUAUUAGGUUUGUCUGAUGUUAUAUGUAUUACUUAUUUGAUAUCAGCCUAGAUGAAAAGUAAUUUGACCAAUUUUCUUGUAGUGCUUCAUGUUAAUGUCAUUAUUACAGUUUUGUUGUUAUUUAUUUAUAUUGUUUUGUUGUCCAUGCACACUGCAUGUAUAUAAUAUAACAAAUCAUCACAAAUUGUGAAUAAAAAUGUGAUAAGUUUAUUUUAAAAAGAGUAUGUCAAAUAAUUUGUAAAUAAGAAAUAAAUUCAUUUUACAGGA